AAAAUACAUAUGGUGGUUAGUGUGCGACCGUGGUUGAAUCUCUAUAGGUUGGGUAGAAGAGGAUGGAGCGCGUGUGAGGUCACCUGUUGUAGCUGCAGUUCAACUAAAAUUCUCAGGAGUCAGGGGAUUCUGAUAAAGAGGAAGAUUACUUAGGCACGCUAGAAUUCACCCUUCUUCACCCUUGUUUUCAUUCUCAUUUUCAGUUUUCCUUUCUUGUUCCCCCUUCCCACCUUAAUUAGCCUCGUCAUAUUCAAUCUCUCUCUCUCUUGACGAUCUGAGAAAGUUGCAUUUGGGCUUGAAAAAAUAGAUGUAUUUUAUUUCUGUUGAGGAGAUGAAGGUUGACGCGGGGUUAGGGCGCGUGGUGUGGGACGAUGAGGACAAGGCCAUGCUUGGGGCUGUUCUGGGUGGUCGAGCUUUGGAGUUCCUAAUGACGAACUCCGUGUCGAAUGAGAGUGUUUUAAUGGCGGUUGGGAGCGACGAGGGACUUCAGAAAAAGCUGUCGGAUCUGGUGGAGCGUCCCCACGUGUCCAAUUUCAGUUGGAACUACGCCAUUUUCUGGCAGCUCUCGCAGUCCAAAUCCGGUGACUGGGUUCUGGGUUGGGGAGACGGGUGCUGCAGGGAACCCAACGAGGAAGAAGAGGAGGGUGCUGUGACUGUGAGAAGACGAACACUGCGCGUGGACGAGGAGGAGAUGCAGCAGAGGAUGCGGAAGCUGGUGCUGCAGAAGCUGCACACCACGUUCGGGGGCGAGGAUGAUGACAAUUACGCUUUUGGCCUCGACCACGUCACCGACACCGAGAUGUUCUUUCUGGCUUCCAUGUACUUCUCAUUCCCUCGCGGCCAUGGUGCCCCAGGUAAGUGCUUCGCCUCCGGGAACCAUUUCUGGCUCAAAUCUGUCUCUGUGUCUGAUCACUGCGUGCGUUCUUCCUUGGCUAACGCUGCGGGAAUUCAGACUAUUGUUUUGGUACCUACUGAUUUGGGAGUCGUGGAGUUGGGUUCUGUCAGAAUGUUACCCGAGAGUUUUGAACUCUUGCAGGCUGUUAAAUCUGUGUUCUCCACGCCGAUUCCCAAGGUUUUGGUGAACACAAUUCGCAAUCAGACACAUUUUAGAGAGAAACUUGCUGUUAGAAAAAUGGAGGAUAAUAGGCCUUGGAACAACAACAACGUUAGUUUUCCGAAUGUGCGGAGCAAUGGCCUUCAUGUUUCAAGUUGUUGGCCAGUGAAUUCGGGUUUGAGGCAGCCUGCUCCUAGGGUGGUGGCGGAGCUGGCUAAUGGUGUGAGACAGGAUUUGAGGCUGAGCAAUAGCUAUGAACCUCAAAGACAGGUGCAAAUGCAAAUUGACUUUAGCGGAGGCACUAGCAGGCCUUCUGAUGUGGAGGCCUCUUGCAAGGAGGAGCAACCGAGUGUUGCCGAUGAAAGGAAGCCCAGGAAGCGGGGAAGGAAGCCCGCCAAUGGCAGGGAAGAGCCCCUCAAUCAUGUGGAGGCCGAGAGGCAAAGGCGCGAGAAGCUCAACCAGCGCUUCUAUGCGUUGAGAUCUGUGGUGCCCAACAUCUCCAAGAUGGACAAGGCCUCAUUGUUGGGAGACACCAUUGCUUAUAUCAAUGAGCUCCAGGCUAAAGUCAAGAUCAUGGAAGCCGAAAGAGAGAGAUUUGAAAGCAUUUCAAAUCAGGAGAAAGAAGCUCCUGCUGAUGUGGAUAUUCAAGCUGUUCAGGAUGAUGAGGUCAUUGUAAGGGUGAGCUGCCCUCUUGACAAUCAUCCUCUUUCAAAAGUAAUCCAAACAUUCAACCAAACACAGAUCAGUGUUGUAGAGUCUAAACUUGCUUCUGCAAAUGAUGCUAUUUUUCACACAUUUGUAAUUAAGUCCCAAGGAUCUGAACAGCUCACAAAGGACAAGUUGAUUGCUGUUUUUUCUCCAACGGAAUCCAACUCAUUGCAGCCAUUUUCAUCAGUUGGAUGGUAAGGAGAAAGUUGCAGGUAGCAUAGUGCAUAGGGAUGUCAUACAUAGAGGAAUACCAAUUUCUAAAAGCUUCCUCAGAAAUUUUUUGUUACACCCUGGAGGAUCUUAAAAGAAAAGCAUUGGGAACUAGAAUAGUAGAAUAAUAGGUUCCCAUUAACGAUGUAGGCAGCCAAUUUAUGUUUGUCUAUAGUGUAAACACAGCAGAAAAUUGUUCCUGCAAUGUCAAUCAUUUUAAUUAGUUUAACCGAUCUAGUUGUCAUGGUUCAGUUUAUGUCUUGAUGCCCAUGUCUUUCAAGUUCUUGUUUUUUCAUGUCUUGUUCUGUGCAUAAGAGGAAAGAAUUCUUAAUUUUUGCUGCUUUUGUUGUUUGAAAUUCU